CACUACGUUCCAAAAUGUACGCACGUCUGUGGACAUUUGCUCAGCUUCACAAUUUGGUACUGGGUCACAUUACGUAUGAAAACCAAAGAAAAUAAAGGAUCACCUUGUUUACAGAUGACAUGGAUAUUCCUAAUCUUCCAUUUCUUCGUAUUCUGCUCUCCUUUUUCACAGACAAUAUGGAUAUUCUUAAUCCUCCGUUUUCUUGGUAUUGUGUGCUCCUUGCUACUGGUUCACUUUUAUUCUUCUUCUUUCUAUGGAGAAGAGAGCAGAGGACGAGGCUUUGUCUGCCCCCUGGGCCUCGUGGUUGGCCUAUUGUGGGAAACCUCUUUCAGCUGGGGAAAUCAAUGCCUCACCACUCUCUCUAUGCCCUCUCUCUGCAAUAUGGUCCUCUCAUGACUGUCCGUCUGGGCAUGAGAACAACAGUGGUGGUCUCCUCUCCUGCUAUGGCCAAGGAGGUCCUUAAAACACACGACAAAAUCCUUGCUGGGCGGCCGGUGAUCGAAAUAAACAAAACUCUGUCACAUGACAAAUCCUCGCUCGUUUGGGCUGAUUGCGGUCCUUACUGGCGCCACCUCCGUCUCAUUUCAACUGUUGAGCUCUUCAGCCCCAAAAGACUCGAAGCUCUGCAACAUCUCAGAAGAGAUCAGGUGUUUAGCACGAUUCGACUCAUAUUCGAGGACAAGGGAAAGGUUGUGAACAUCGUGCAUACGGUGUUCUGCACGACUCUGAAUUUGUUAGGCAACAUGAUCUUCAGCACAAGUGUCUUCGAUCCACACGAGCCGGCUUCUGCAGGGUUCAAAGAUACCAUCUGUGAACUGAUGAAAGUCCUGAAAAAGCCCAAUUUGGUGGACUUUUUCCCGUUUCUCUGGUUCUUCCAACCCCAGGGAGUGUCCCGUGUGAUAGCCAGGCAUGUCAAGGCAUUGUAUGACUUUUCUGAUACAUUCAUACAUGAAAGGCAAAGCUUUCAGCGUGACGACUCGGAGAAGGAUUUUCUGGAUGUUCUGCUGGAUUCCACAACUGAAGAUUUCACUCUCACUGGUGUUCGAGCAUUAAUAGCUGAAUUGUUUCUUGCAGGUACUGAGACGACCACUACAACAAUAGAAUGGGUCAUGGCAGAAUUCAUUCGCAAUCCACAGAAAUUAAACCUAGCCCGUCAAGAACUCGAUGAAGUUGUUGGUUCCAGCCGGAAAGUGGAAGAAUCUGACUUGGAUCGUCUGCCGUAUCUCCAUGCAGCCGUGAAAGAAAUAUUCCGAUUGCGCCCGCCGGGUCCUCUUCUAGUUCCCCACAAAGCCACAAGCAACUGCGAGAUUGGGAGAUUUGUGAUACCCAAGGACACCCAGGUUAUGGUGAACGUGUGGGCUAUGGGGAGGGACCCUUCAAUUUGGAAGAAUCCUUCAGAAUUUAUGCCUGACAGGUUUCUAGAGGGUGAGAAUAGCAUGAUAGAGUAUGGGGGACAAAACUUUGAGCUAAUUCCAUUCGGAGCAGGGAGAAGAAUUUGUCCAGGGCUUCCAUUGGCAAGCCGUAUGGUUCAUUUGGUUUUGGCUUCUUUACUUCAUUCAUUUGAGUGGGAACUUCCUGAUGGGAUGAGCUGUGAGCAGAUGGACAUGAGCGACGAGUUUGGAGUUACAUUAAAGAAGGUCGAAGAAUUAAAAGCAAUCCCCACGCCACGUCUUCCACAUCAUAUAUACUAGGGGACCCAACUUCUAUGGCAACUAAUCAUAUAAGGUAAUCUAAUAAAUAAAAAUAUAUUUGGGAAUAAAUAUAAAGAUAAGUAUGAUCGAAAUAGGUAAUGUAGUUGGUUAAAUGUUUUGGGUUCUUUCUAUAUCAUUUUCAAGUUGAUUUUGUGUGUUUGGACUUGCUCAAUAGUGGUGGCUUGCAAGUGGUUGUUGUCAUCUAUGAAGAAAUUAGUCUUGUCCUAAAAGAGGCUUAAGUUGGGCUGGUUGUUGGAGAGAUAUAUAUAUGUGUGUGUGUGUGUGUGCAUGUUUUGAUAAAAUAGAAAUAAAUUUGUGAGAAUGUAUGUAAGGUUACUUGAAACAAAUUAAAUAUGUGUUGAAUUA